UCUGCAGAUCCUGUGAUGUCACAUGGGGGGCUCUGCAGGUCCUGAGAUGUCACACGGGGGGCUCUGCAGAUCCUGUGAUGUCACAUGGGGGGCUCUGCAGGUCCUGAGAUGUCACACGGGGGGCUCUGCAGGUCCUGUGGUGUCACACAGGGGGCUCUGCAGGUCCUGUGAUGUCACACAGGGGGCUCUCGCUGCCCCACAGCGUCACAAAGGGGUCUCUGCUGUGACACCACAGGCUGGUGUCACCAGAGCCUCUGCCACCCCAGCAGGGUUGGGGCCUCUCACUGGGGCCCCACAUGUCUCUGGGGAGCCUCUUCCCCGGCCUGUGCUGGUGACCUGGAGUGCUACAGACAGUGCCAUGGGCAUCCUCAGCGUCUUCACCGUGGGAGAGCUGCUGGCAAUGACGAUGGUGGUGCUGCAGCUCAUCCUGGUCACUGUCACGCUACGGGACAAGCGUCUGUGGAGGAUCCGUCAGAACUCAAAGCACCCAAGUGCAGCGAGAGGCCGGCUGCAGGGGCAGAGCGAUGUGGACAGGGCACGGAGGUCAGCAGACAUGGAGCUGCAGCCCCAUGGCAGCUCCCCAGGCAGUUCCAUCAGCUCCAGGAGCCGUUUCCCAAGGUUCAUCCGGAGCUGCCGGGACUCCCGGGCGCUCUUUGAGGAGCAGCGCGAGGAGCUGGAGGCACAGCUAGCCCAGCGGCCGAGGAUGCCGAGGGGCUGCGGGGCGGCCCAGAGCUCCGUGCCCGUGGAGCCGGGGCUGCUGGGGGGCAGAGAGUCCCCUCGGGCUGGAGAGGGGCGGCCCAGGGCGAGCUCGGGCCCAAGAGGACAAAGGGGCAGCGGCACCUCAGGCAGGACCUGACUCUCCCAGAGCCACGCUCGCCAGGCCUCAUCCCUUCGUAGCUCAGACUUUUGCUCAUCCUCUGUCUCAAUGUUUCCUCUCAGCAAUGAAAAAAACAAAAAAAAAAAAAAGAAAAAGAGAAAAAAAAGAAAAGCCCAAGCAAAGCAAAGCUAAGGUUUUAUUUGUGAAAUAAGUGUUACUGUCCUUCACAGCAGCAGCCACAUUAAGUUCCAGUGGGGCUUUGGCCCUUCUCGUUUUCCCCCUGCAGGACCCCAGGACAUCCUUGUCACCUCCUGCUUUGCUGCCCCUUCUUCCAAAGGCAGACCCUCUCCAUUUCUGCUGCCUCCCUCCUUGCUUCCCUGAGAAUCCAGAGCUCCUGCUCAGAUGGUCGCUGUGCCCAGCACAGCCUCCCCCAUCACAUCGCUUCUACCUUUUUCUUGUUUGGAUUUCUUUUUUUAUUGUACUUUUAUUGUAAUUUUUUUCUAUUAUCUCACAAGUUUGUUUCUCAGAGUCCUGCUCCCAAGGCAGCGAGGGCUCUCUCUUGGGCUCCUGGGUGUCAUAGAGGGAUUUCUGAGUGCCCCGUGCUGUCACAAAGAGGGUUCUGGCUGCCCCGUGAUGUCACCCAGGGGACUCUGCCAGACUGCCAGGCUGUAAAAGGGGUGCCCCAGGAGCAGACAGUGCCGGGCACAGCAAUCUGGCAGUGUCUCUUGGCAGACAGCAGCCUCAGCCUCCCACCAGGGUGGGGCUGGAUUUCCAUCACUGGGGCCCUGCAGGUCUCUGGGGAGCCUCUUCUCCGGCCUGUGCUGGUGACCUGGAGCUCCAGGGAUGGUUCCAUGGGGUGCCCCAAGAGCUUCACCCAAGGUUCACGGGAACGUGCCCGGGCCUCCCCCCGGAGCGGCGCCAGGAGCGGCGCAGGAUGCCGAGGGGCUGCAGGGCGGCCCAGCCUGAGGUGCCCGUGGAGCUGGGGCUGCUGGGGGGCAGAGAGUCCCUGCGGGCCCCUGCAGAGGGGUGGCCUCGGGCGGCCCUGGGCAGCGCGGCCCAAGGGGACAAAGCCAAGGCCAAGAGACGAGGCAGCCGCUGCUCGCUGGAGCUGGAGCGGGGCAGCAGCGGCGCAGCCGUGGGCUGGUUCAUGCCCCCAGCAGAAGCGCAGAGCUCUGGCCCCAUGGCACCGAGGAGCAGCAGCUGCUCGCUGGAGCUGGAGCUGGAGCUGGAGCUGGAGCUGGAGCUGGGCAGGACCGUCACCCCUGGCCGGGCCAGGCCAUCCCUGUCGCUGCCCAGGCCCCAGCAGCCGCUGCCCCAGGCCGGGGAGAGCGGCAGGGAGGCAGGAUGUGGCUUCCUGGAGCUCUGCUCCUCCCUGAGGGACAUGGUGGUGGGCUGGUGGACACGACACGUCCAGCGCCGCCGCAGCCGCCACGUCCGCUUCGCCAGCCCUCUGGUGACGGUGAGGUACAUUGACUAGAGGGGCUGCGGAUGCUCCCCUCCCACAGCCUUGAUAGCCAUUCCUGGUUAAUAAAUUAUCAAAACACUU